GGAGAGGAGAGAAUAAGCAGCUGUCCACCGGGAGUCCUGUGCUCGUUGUGGCCCCGCUCUUUCCAUUUCUUUUCUCUUUUCUCCCUCUCUUUCUUUCUCUCUUUUCCUCCUUUCGAGAAAACGUCACCCCUUUUCACAGGAGACGUUGAGGUGUGGACGAUGGACCACAGCGCAGUGCCGUGCAGUGUAAGCUUGAGAAUGAAUAUUAUAUGAACUCGAAAUGGUGUGCCGCAUCAAAGAAUUGAUGCAGAGAGCAAGAUAAGAGAGAAGAACCAAGAAGUGCGGUUGUUUAAAAUUCAUUUGGACUAUCGUGAGUGUGUGUUUUUCACAAGCAAGUACUCAGGAACAUGAAUUCCUUCCUUCCAUCCGCCGCCGGUGGAUACCAUCACCAUCAGCAUCAACAACAAGCUGGAAAUCAUCAUCUAGCCACUACUUCCUCGAUGGUCGAUCCAAAGUUUCCUCCUAACGAGGAAUACAGUCAGAGUAAUUAUAUACCCUCGACCGGAGCAGACUUCUUCUCAGGCGGUAGCGGUGGUCAUCAUUUAAGCCAUCCACAAUCUCAACUACAGUACGGCUAUCAUCAACAUCAUCAUCAAGCGGCGUCGACUCCUUACGGGGCUUCCUCUGCGGUACAAUUAAACGGAGGAUAUGCAGGAUACGGCGGAUAUUAUGGACCUCAUCAUCCUCACCACCAAGUGCAUGCGGUUCAUCACGCUAGUUUACAUUCUCAUCAUCACGCGGUGGGUGCUUUAGCAAUGCCGCCGGAAGCUCAACAACCACCGCUCACAUGUCCGUCGUCAAUACAAAGUCAACAGCAACAACAGCAGCAACAACCAUCUGUACCGACGUCAACUAUCCUUGGAUCCACGCCUCUGUCACCAUCUAUAAUGCAGAAUCAUGUGCAGCAGCCGGAUGCCCUUCAACAUCACCAGCAUGAAAAUAAUGCUUGCAGUCCAGCCGGUUCGGGUCAGUUGCACCGAGACAAUUCACCUGAUCUUCAAACGCAACAAUCGUUGUCUCAGCAAUCUCAACAUAUACAGAGCGGCCAACAACAAACGCCGCCGCAGCAGCAACAACACCAUGUAGAAGACAGCUCGGAUGCGGAUGACAUAGAAGAUGGUCAGAUGGAGGGUUCACCGGGAAUGAUGGAGGAAGAAGAAGAAGACGAGGAGAGUAGAGAUCGUACGAUUUAUCCGUGGAUGAAAAAAAUUCAUGUUGCAGGCGUCGCAAACGGCUCAUACCAACCUGGAAUGGAGCCAAAACGACAGAGAACUGCCUACACGAGGCAUCAGAUACUCGAAUUGGAAAAGGAAUUUCACUACAAUAGGUACCUGACGAGACGACGACGGAUCGAGAUCGCUCAUACCUUGGUCCUGUCGGAGCGACAGAUCAAAAUCUGGUUUCAGAAUCGCCGUAUGAAAUGGAAGAAGGACCAUAAGUUACCGAACACGAAGAACGUACGCAGAAAAAAUGCGAAUGGUCAAGCGUCAUCAGCAGCAGCUAAACCGGCAAAAACUUCAGCGACCCGGGCAAAGUCUGGCACUGGUAACAACAAUAGUCAAAGGAAAAAUAAUAAUUCACCUUCGAGUGGUAUGGAGAACAGUUUGGAUUCAAACAUCGGUCAUGAUAUGAGCGAAGUUCAUGGGGUCAGCUCCAAUAUUCCUCAUCCCGUUGGUGUGGUUCAUCCGAGUUUUCAAGGUCAUCCUCAUUCUCUGGCUCAUCUCCAAGCACAGCUGAGUCAUCAUCACGUGGGUGGAAUGAUGGACGGUCCGACGGGAGGACCGUUGGGACACAUAAGUUCCGGAAGUAUCAGUCCUCUCGCUCCGGCUACCAGCCCUCCCGGAUUGUCGCAAGUAUCAGCUCCUGUGCCGCCAUCGACGAUAAAAUCCGACUAUGGACUCACAGCUCUGUAACAUCAAUUUAGUGAGGUAUAUUCAACGAUAUAACUUUCAAUACCAUUUAACGACUGCUCUCCAUGGAUAAUUCCACUAUU